AUGCUUGUUUGUUCUGAGAAGAGGAGUCAGGCAUUUCCACUGAGGAGCCGUGCUUGGAGUUCAGCAGUGGGUGGGAGGCUGUGCUCAAGAGCUAUUGAUGGAUUUCUAAAAACUGAUGAAAGACAAAGACUGGCAAAGGAAAGAAGAGAAGAAAGGGAGAAAUACCUUGCUGCUAGGGAGCAGCAGAUACUGGAGAAGGAGAGAAGAGCAAAACUUCAGUAUGAAAAGCAAAUGGAGGAGCGAUGGAGAAGACUGGAGGAGCAGAGGCAGAGAGAGGAGCAGAAGAGAGCAGCUGUUGAAGAAAAACGGAGACAAAAGCUUAAAGAGGAGGAGGAACGUUUAGAAGCCAUGAUGCGCCGGUCCCUCGAACGCAGCCAGCAGCUGGAACAGAAGCAGAAGCGAUGGUCGUGGGGAGGAGCACUGGCUGCAGGCUCAGGAGGCAGAGAUGGUGAAUCAGAAAAUACCCCACCCCCUGUUCUAGGUUUAGCUGCCAACACCCUUCCUCCAGACCCUGUGACCUCUACUGCUCCUGCUGAUUCCUUCAAUGCAUGUGACAAACUUUCAGCUUCUACAAUGAAUCUGCCAAAGCAAAUGGAGUCGCCGAUCAGUAAACGCCUCUCGUCCUCCACAGCGGCCAUAACGCAUUCCCCCGACAGAGCUCACCGCAUGCAUCUUAGUCCCAUGGAAAACUUUAUUGUUUCUCGACUGCUGACUCCCACACAGUCAUCUUUAGCCAGAAGCAGAAGUACAUUAAUGCUUUCUGAGCAGUACAAUACUCCAGUAUUCCAUAUCUGUCCUCGUGUAGCACCAGCUAGUCCUCUUAAAUCUCCCUACAAGCCUUCCCCCACCCGAAGCACCGACAGGAAGAAGGCAACUUCACCCUCCACUGCCAAUGCCAUGAAAGGGGCACCUGCAGCUGAAGUUACUCAGACUGAGAAGAUAAAGAAGGAGAAGCGACCUGCAACACCUGGUUCAUCAUCUGGUAUGGGAUCUCCUCUGAGAAGGUCUGAUUCUCCUGCUGCCAUGUCCAGAAGAUCUGCAUCUCCUGCAACACCUAAGACAGUUGCAAAGACUUAUCCUCAGUCUCCUAAAAACACCAAACAAUAUCCAGCUUCUCCUGUGAAGCAUCGUGCCACUUCCAAUAGCAGCCAGGAAACACCUAAAAAGAAAGCAGACAAGGAGAAAGAAAAUGUCAGUCACCUGAAGUCCCCAGGAGCACGCACUGAUGACGUGGGCCAGGUGGCUCCUGAGAAGCACGUGCCUUCUGCUGGAAAGGCUGAGAACAGUGAAGGGAAGAUCACAGCGGGAACAAGUGAUGCAGAAGAAGCUGCAAAAAUUCUAGCUGAAAAAAGACGACAGGCACGCCUGCAAAAAGAACAAGAGGAAAAGGAAAAACAGGAAAGAGAAGAACGAGAAAGGCUUGAAAGAGAAGAGCAGAAAAGAAAGGCAGAAGAAGAAAGACUUCGUCUGGAAGAAGAAGCUCGUAAGAAGGAGGAGGAAAGAAAACGUGAAGAAGAGGCAGCUAGAAAAAAGGCAGAAGAGGAAGCCAGAAGAAGAGCUGAGGAAGAACAAAUGUUAAAGGAAAAGCAAGAAAAAGAGCUCCAAGCCAAGCUGGAGAAACAGAGGGAAGAAGCAGAAAUCAAAGCCCGUGAGGCAGCUGAACAGCUUCGUCUUGAAAGGGAACAAAUCAUGCAGCAAAUUGAGCAAGAAAGGCUGGAGCGGAAGAAGAGAAUAGAUGAAAUAAUGAAGAGAACAAGGAAGAGUGAAACCCCAGAAAUAAAGAAGGAAGAGCCAAAACUGGAGAUCCCAUCAACUUUGAAUGUGGAAAAGCAACCAAAGGCCCUUGUUCUCAACCAGCCAGAGAUCAAUGGAUUGGCAACCUGCCUAAAAAAUAAAAGCUUAGAAAGUGCUGCUUCUGUAAUCCCUUCCCAAGAUGUAGUUGCUAAUGGACUGAAGUCAGUUUCAGGACUUAUUCAGCUGGAAGCUGUUGAUGGGAAAUCUAACAGCAUGGAAGAUUCAACAGAUGAGGUUCAGUCCAUGGAUGUGAGCCCGGUUUCAAAAGAAGAACUUAUUUCUAUCCCUGAAUACUCACCCAUGAAUGAACUCAUGCCAGGUGUUUCUUUGGACCAAAAUGGGACAAGUAAUGCCAAGGCUCUUGAAGACCUCUUGGAUUUCACAGGCCAGGCUACCUACUCCAAGAUGUCCAGUGAUACCCUUAGCCUAGAUGACUGUAACAAAAACUUGAUUGAGGGAUUUAACAGCCCAGGACAAGAAAAUACACUUAAUUCUAUCUGUUGACAGCCUCGCUUUUCAGCAGAACAGAUACAGAGGUAACCAUUUCUGGAGGAUAUAUAUCCCUGUGAUGCUACUGGCAGUAAAAUAUGAGCUUGUCAAUUGAAAAAGCUUCUGCAGUCCUUGAACACUGGAUUUCAAAUAAUCAGAGCUGAAUAGAACUUGUCUUCCCAGGGAAUAUGUUGAAUAAUUGUCUGCUUUUGGUAGAAACCAAUGAUCUAGAGCCUUGA